AUGAACUUGAACGGCCUCCAUUUCCCGCGACCGGCCGACCCAAACUCGCUCCCCGCUCUCCCCUCGACCUCGUCGUCGUCCACCUCGCACCCACCUCCCACCAGCGCCGCCCUCCAGUCGCGCUCGUACGCCUCGCAGCGCCAAGAGGCCCGCACCCUCCGACAGGACCGCCGCAAGUCGCCCUUUGUCCCGCGCACCUCGCACGCCUCGACCCCGCACUCGCUCGCCCUCCUCUCGCACGCCCAGCUCGAGGACCGCCUCGAGCGCACCACCCGCCUCCUCGACACUGGCGGCGCCGCUCAGCUCCCCGGCGGCGACGCCCGCCUCCGAGACCAGCACGACCGCAUCCUCGCCCGCCUCGCCCACCUGCGCGACCUCGACCAGAUCCGCAACGACCUCGCCGACACCCACCUCGACGGCCCACUCGUGCCCGCACCCGAUGCCAUGCUCGACGUCAAAGUCGCACCCACGCCAGUCGACGACGAGGCCGCGAGCCCGAGCGCCAAACGCCGCAUCGCCGCCGCCGCCUUUCUCAAGAACUCGGGCCCGACGCCCGGCUCGUCCUCGUCGGCCUCGCCGUCCGGCACGGCCGCCCUCUCGCUGCACGACUCGCUCGCGCUUCAGCGUCGCGCUGCCGCCCUCGACCGCGCGCGUGCCGAGCGACGCGCGCUACGCGCUGCGGCGAUCGGGGCUCCUGGUGGGGCCGCGACGGGCAAGGGCAAGGGCGUUGCGAGCACGGGCGACGAGCUCGACCCGGACGACGACGGAGGCAUGUUUGGCGGCAUCCUUUUUCCGACCGGCAACGACACGGACGACUCGCUGUCCGAGUCCGAGGCCGACGACUGGCUCCGGGCGCUCGCAGGCGCUCGAGGGCCGGCAGGCCAGGGCGGCGCCGGGGCGGCGCCGGCUCGAGCGGGAGCGGGGGCAGGAAAGUCGGGCGAGACGACGGUGGUGGGGCGAGGGAAACGAGGGAAGGGAGGACGAGCGCGAGCGGGAGCGCCCUCGUCGACGGGCCCAAACUCGGCCUCGGCCUCGGGCCUGUCGACGCCCUCUCGCGGCGGCGCCUUUCUCGACCCUGACGACGACGACGACGACGAUGAUGAUGACGCGCUCCUCGGCGAGCUCGAGACGGCCGGCGGCGGCGGCGGUGGCGGCGGCGACGACGACAAGUACGACGAGGUCAACGGCGCCCUCCUCGACGACGACGAGGACGCGCAGCUCAACCCGCUGCGGACGGCCUACAUGCAAGGGUGGGAGCGCGCUGUCAAGGAGGAGCAGGAGGGCUAGAGCGAUACAGGGCGACGAGCAGGGAGGAGCUGCAACGACUAGGAGGAUUCCUGG